AGGCAGCCAAGAGGCUGAGGCAUACAGAGGCUGACGCAGCGGCUGACGCAGAGGCUGAGGCGUUGGCAACGAGCGUCGCAUCGCGUCGAAGGCAUUUAAUUGCCACCACGGCGUUUUUGACGUCUACGCAUCAGAAAUCGAGGCCCCAUUGCUGCUCUCUGUCCACAGUCCGUUGUCUGUUGUCCGUUGUCCGCUGUCCGCAGCCCGUUUGCUGUGCGCAUUUUGAAAAGGUGUUUUGUCGCGAGACCUCCAAUCCAACACCCGUAGCUGAGUACCGAGCACAUUUCCCGUUCCCAGUCCAGUGCAGUCUCAGUCGGUCUUCUUCUGGCCCGAAUGCGAGUGCGAAUUGGCAUUUUAUUUUGCGCAUUUGGCAUUUUCGGGGCGCGUUGUUCAUUUAACCGUGUUUAGUGUCUGUCGCUGUUGCGCUUUUUAAUUUCAUUUCGAUUUGCUUUUUGCCAGUCGCCGGUGUCAGUGUCAGCUCCGAGUCCCGAGUCUCUUUUACAGCACGUUGAACAACAGGAACAAAAUGAUUUAAGAUGUUCGACUGUCAGUGCUGACAACAUUGACAGUAAAAUUAUUUCUACGCGCUACAGAAGGUUAAUUAUCAUUGAUUUAUUUACAACUAAAACCAAAAAACAGCAAGAAGCAGCAUAGUAGACGAAACAAGGACAACUCGUGCUUAAAUGAACUACAACUAAAUACCCUUUGAAUUGUCCCAAGAAUUAGUAUAUCGUAUAUACACAUAUGGAUGGUAUUCCCAUAUACAUCAUACGAAAUGGUAAGUUCUUAUCAUCACUCAAUCCUUCAGAACUAACAUACGAUGCUUCAGCUUCCGCACACGUGGCCCGAGCUGGUUCACACAUUAAUCAACCUACCAAGUUGGCCAGCGAUCAAACUUUGAUGCCUGUGUGUCUCUUUGUCGGGCUGUCUGUUGGGCUGUCUGUCACUAAUCCUUAUUUGCCGGCUCGCUUAAACGCUCGCUCCUGCUGCCCGAUCACGUUCCAGCUGGCUCACGCCCAGUUUGCGCGCCGAGGCCGCUUCCUGUUGGCCGUUUCGCUUAAAAUGAGAAAUUUCUUUUUAAUUUAGACUUAAACAGAUCUGGCGGCUGCAGCACAAGGCGCAGCAGUAGGAGCAGGAGCAGCUGAUAAAAAAUCAUUAUAAAGUUAAAUUUUAAUUAAAAACUACAAUC